AUGGCUAGCGGAGAACCUCUUUGCGGUGGCGUAUCAGCAGAUCCGGAGAUGGACAAGAAAGAACACACGGAGCGUAUCGACAAAGCGCUCACCACAACUGCAAAUCAUGGUGGAAAAGCGUACAAACUGCACCGUGUGGAAAAGCAGGUAGUUGCCGGAAUGAAGUACACCUACUACGUUUCGUUCAACAAUGACGAGUCUGGCCAAAAGUAUAAGAUCACCGUUUGGGAACGACCUUGGCUGAAGGAAAAAUCUCCGGAAGAGGCUGUACGCGUUACGUUUGAAGAGCACACGGAAUGA